CCCCAGGAUGCAGCCCCAGGAGAGUAGCAUCCAGUACAGUAGGUGGGAGGACAGCAGCCGGGAUGAAGUCAGCGUGGCCAGCGGGCCCGGCGCACAGGAGGCCUCGGGCUGUAAGAGGGUCUCCCGGAAGCUGUGCUCGGGCAAGCUGGGCAUCUCCUUGAAGGUGCUGGGUGGAGUGGCCCUCUUCUGGGUCGUGUUCACCCUGGGCUACAUCACCGGCUACUUCGUGCACAAGUGCAAAUGAACGCUGCCCAGAGCAUGCGCCCAGGGGCAUGGGCUCGGAGGGACACCCCGUGUGCGAGAACCCCUCCGUGUACACAGACCCACCAGUCUACACGGACCUUAGUGUAUACAGCCUCCCAUAUACACAGACCCUCCUCUCUCUACACAGGCUCCCCUCUGUGUUCACAGCCCCUCACCAUGCACACAGACACUCGCCCCCAGACCAGUGCACAGACUCCAGGGGCACAGGGGGCACACAUAUUGGCCUCAAGCUCACAGGGACACCACUGUGCACAGCUGUCACGGGCAUCCACAGGCGUACAGCCAAACAGGGACACGGGUACACAAGGACACACACCUGCACGCCUGGCGCACACAGCCACCCAGGGGCCCACGAGGCUGGGAGACCGGGCCCAGCCUGAGCUGGGGCUCAGGAUACACCCAGGCUAGGCCCUCAGUCCAGGGCCCCAAGAGCUCCCUUUCUCCCCGCAGCCGAGGGCACAGGCCUGGCAGCCCCAGGGUGGGGUCGUCCCUGGGUGGGCAUUGUGCGGAGCUGUGUGGCCCUGACCAGGCCCCUGCCCUCUCUGGCCCUUCUGACUCCCGUUGUGAAAGGAUGGCUCUGAGGGGGUGUAUGUGUGUCCCUCUGUACAUCCACCCUCCCCGGGGGCUGAGUCAUUUCCUGGGUAGAGGGGCCUUAGCCCUUGUCCCAGACCCACCUCUGCAUCUUCCCUCCAGGGAGGUGGACACGUUCCCCAGGGCUGUCCACCCCACAGAGUGGUCCCUGCAGGAGCCCGGCCCCUCCACCGGCACCCUGUAGGAGGCCCAGACCCUGCACACGGAGGUCGUCAUUAAAUGUCUGUUGAAUGAAAACACGAUGACAGUGUCUCCCGUGGGUCUCCCCGGCGAGGCGUGACUCACGGCCCCCGAUGUGAGGGCAGCUGGAGGGCAUCUGGA